CGCAGAACAGCGGAGAAAGCCAGAGAGGAGCACUGUGGCGGCGGCAUGAUGGGGAUAUUCUGCCUGCGUGGGCUCUGUCGCUGAGGCGCCCGGAGUUCAGCCGUCGUAUGUGUGUGCGUGCGUGUGUGUGUGUGUGAGAGAGUGUGUGUGUGUGUGUGUGUGCAUGCAUGUGUGUGUGAGUGAGUGAGUGAGUGAGUGAGAGAGAGAGAGAGAGAGCCCCUGUCUGAGUCGUGCAGAGAAAGGAAAGGAAAGGGGAACCAAGGAAAAGAGAGGUGGGGGGGGGGGGCGGGAGUGUUGUCUGACUGGGGCUGAGAGGGACCUCACGCCUCUGGAUGAGCGGACACCGAUGUGCAACAACUCCUCCAACUACUGCCACCGCUGCUGCAGCUGCUCCGUCGCCUCUCCGCCGGUCCUCUUAACUUCUGCCAUGGCAUAACCUCCUCUUCCAGCCUCUAAUCCACCAGGGAAACAAGCAUGCAUGGGCACAAAAAGGGAUCUAGGCUAUCGCAUCCUACACGUCAGUAAUUCACAGUCUGAGGAAACAUGGUGAGCAAGGAGGGUGGCAAAUGCAUGCUCACCAACUCGGAGUCUGACUCGGAAGCAGCGCCCCUACCGUCCACCUCGCUUGCACUGGAGGUGAAGUGCUCCCUGGAAGCCAGUCGACAGGUGAGGAAGAGAAACAAGGCCCUGCAAGUGCGUUUCAAGGAUAUCUGUGAGGCGCAGAACGAGCAGAGGGAGGCGGAGUUGCAAGCGGCGGGGAGAGGUGGCAAGCCACUCUCGUACAAAGUGGCAUACCGAAGGUACAUGACUGUCCCCGCCCGCAGAUCCAUCCCAAAUGUUACCAGGAGCACCGGCGUUCAGACGUCGCCUGACUUGAAAAAGCGCUAUCAGACCUUUCCGUUCGAGCGCAAGAAAGGCCACACCUUUAAACACGUGGCUGCCGUGGAAACUUAUAAAGGUCAGAAUAACGGUUUUGUCAUGGAGGUGAAGCAGUCCAAGGCUGCAGAGCAGGGUGUAGAUGAGGAGGAGGAGGGAGCCUGUGGGGGGAGUGGAGUCCGGAGGACCAGGGCUCUGCUCCAUACUAAUGAGUGCAUUGCCACAGUGGAGCAGCACACUGCACCUGAUGGCCUGUGCUCUGACGCUCUGCUGCUCGCUUGCUCUGCAGACACAGACUGCCUUGCAGACACACAGAGAGGAAGAGGAGCCCAGGCGGAGUACCAGCUCUGCAGUGUCCCAUCUAAAGCCCGGACAGGAUUACAACACACAGAGGCCGACACAGACCGUUUGACCAGGAGGCAGCUGCUAAAUCUGGAGGAGGGCUCGUCCCGAACCCUGCCGGACAGGGCCUCCAAGGUUACAGGCCCCAUCGCCUGGAACUCGCUCACCCAGGUGGAGUGUCUGGACAGCCCGUCUGUGCGGAGCAAGCGGAAGAAAGCGCUGCAGCUCAACGGGCUGCAGAGUGAAACGCUACCACGCUCCAGCAGAGGCUGUACGACACAGGCACAGUGCCACACGGGACAGUUAUCUGCCCGGCCUCUGCGGGUCAUUGGCGAGCCUCUGUCACCCUGUAGCGGUGUUGGAGCUGUUGGGGCAACGCCUGACCAACCACAGGAGGUCUGUAAGCAAAUAGUGCCUAUGAAUAAGGACGGGGAUGUUAAAGCACAGCUCCAGGCGAUGGAAAAUCUCAUCAGCUCGAGCCAGGAAACCAUCAAGGUGCUGUUGGGGGUCAUCCAGGAACUGGAGAAGGGCGAGGCCCACAGAGAAGGACUCACCUAUCGAACCGGACAGGACACAGCCAACUGCGACACGUGCCGGAACAGCGCAUGCAUUAUUUACAGUGUGGAGCUGGACUUCAAGCUGCAGGAGGACAAGCUGCAGCCGCUGAUGAAGAGGCUUUGCCCUACAGAUGACACCCACUUCCCCCCCUUGACUUACCCACAGGAGGCCUUCACCUCCACCCCAAAACGCAAGUCCAAAGCGGACUCCAAGAAGCACGCUCGCUGGAAACUUUGGUUCUUGUGAA